GGGAAGUCCGGACGCCGUAGCGAGCUGAAGAGGAGGCCUGAGCUGGAGGCGCUGGCCCCGGCCGCAGUAAUGGCGGAGAGACCCGAGGACCUAAACCUGCCCAAUGCUGUCAUUACCAGGAUCAUCAAGGAGGCCCUCCCAGACGGUGUCAACAUCUCCAAGGAGGCCCGGAGCGCCAUCUCCCGCGCCGCCAGUGUCUUCGUGCUGUACGCCACAUCCUGUGCCAACAACUUUGCCAUGAAAGGGAAACGCAAGACGCUGAAUGCCAGUGAUGUGCUCUCAGCCAUGGAAGAGAUGGAAUUCCAGCGGUUCGUUACCCCGUUAAAAGAAGCUCUAGAAGCAUACAGGAGGGAGCAGAAAGGCAAGAAGGAAGCUUCAGAGCAAAAGAAGAAGGACAAAGACAAAAAAGAUUCAGAGGAGCAGGACAAGAGCAGGGAUGAGGACAAUGAUGAAGAUGAGGAAAGGCUGGAAGAAGAAGAACAGAAUGAAGAGGAGGAAGUGGACAACUGAAUGGGGUGAAAGACUGGCACCUUGGACGAUACCACCCGAAACAUGGUACUUGUUUAGAUGAAGCUUCCUGUGCUGGGCCUGAUAGUCUUAGGCAGAGAGCCUGAGAAGACCGAAAUAAAAACUGAUUAAAAUUAUCAAAACCAGCACUUCCCAGACUCAGAGCAUCUGAGUGGCGGAAUCCCGUUUUUGCUCAAUCAGGUUAUAAUCCGAAUUAAGGUUAUGACUUUUUGGCGAGAGGGAUCCUUAAUGGCUAAUUUGAUUAGUCACUUGAUCGAGUUUGUUUACUUAUAUACAUGGCUAGGCAGUUUGAAUUCCCAAGUCUCCCGCCCCCAAAAGUAUUAAUUUCCAUGCUGCUUGCUGUAUUCCGGCCACACGGGCAGUUCAGCCUCCUCUUCUGCCUGUUGUAUUCUGUGGUACUUGGCAGUGCUCACCUCAGGUGGUCAGAUGGGUUGCCUUUAAGAGCCUACUUCGAGGGGAAAACACAGUCUGUUGCUGUUCUUGACGGUAACAUUAAUUGCCUUGGCCCCUUCUGUGUGCCCAUGGGCUGCUGGCCUUCCGGGCUCUCUGUCCUCUGGGCACACAUCUUUGAAACCAGCAGGGUGCAGAGGAACUAGUUGAGCACAGCAGCAGUGUUACACUUUUAGAGAACAGAUGGUUUUAGAUGCACCUCGCCGCCUGCCGCUGUAAGUUUUAGGAUCGCUUGCCACCUCCCAGAAGGUGUAAAAUCCUGGCCUUCUCUUGGAGUCCGUCUCUCAGACUUGGACGAUGAAUUUUCAUUGACUUGUUCCAAACUUUAUUUCUGCGAGACUUAAUUUUCCUCUCUGUGCCUCUCUGCCUCUCCUCUGCUCCCCAUUCCCACUUUCUCACGUCUUCCUUUUCGCAUUUCCAGUCUAGGAACUUUGAUAAUCUCCUUCAUAUCCCAAACCGUGGGUUCCUUUAACUCCUUAGUUCUAAUCUCAUGUGCUUUCAAAAUGACUUUUCUCUGGACUUAAGGGAAAUCUGAUGGUGCUCAGGAAUCUAAUCUCCUCACCAUACCCCUUCUAGCCGAUGCUUGCAACUACUUCUGAAGUGUUUCUGUUGGCUACCUUUACUCUUUUUCUUUCCACUUGGUGCUCCAAGCACUUUUUUUUUUGUUUGUCUCUAAGUCGAGCACUUAGAGAUUGACUGGUAGUGAAGUGUAGUUUGACACUGUUAAUUUGUUAAAUGAAUACAGUUGUUUGUUGAUAAAUGAGUAAAGAAUGUUG